ACACAAGAACCAGCCAUGCUUGGCUAGCUGAUUCUGGAUUGGAAUUCAGAGAAGAAGGUGAGCAAAUGCGUGGCCAUAAUGAAAGACAGAACACUUUUCUUCAUCCAGUGACUGGCCAGAUCCCAGAAAAGAACAACCAUUUGGAUUUGCAAAGAUCUAUCUUGGACAUGUCAAGCAAAGCAAGUAGCAAGCGGCCGGCAGCAGUUAGUAGUGAAUCCGCCAAUCACACAAUGGUUUCAGAGGUGCCUCAGGAACGACCAAAUGGCAGGGCAUCACGUACUUCCAGGAAGGGAAUUGCUUUUGGAAAACGUUCUAAUUCCAUGAAGAGGAAUCCCAGUGCUGCAGUGACCAAAAAUGGUUGGCUCUUCAAGCAGGCCAGCUCUGGAGUCAAGCAGUGGAAUAAGCGUUGGUUUGUAUUGGUGGAUCGCUGCCUUUUUUACUACAAAGAUGAGAAAGAGGAAAGCAUCUUGGGCAGCAUCCCACUUCUCAGUUUUCGGGUGGCAGCUGUCCAGCCAUCGGAUAACAUCAGCAGAAAAUAUACCUUUAAGGUAACUGUAUGCUGGAUGGGAGAGAUGCCUAAAAAUUACAAGAAGUCAUUCUCUCCCCAGGCUGAGCAUGCUGGCAUCCGGACUUACUUCUUCAGUGCUGAGAACAAUGAGGAACAAGAAUCCUGGAUUCAAGCCAUGGGCGAGGCUGCUCGGGUUCAAAUCCCACCUACUCAAAGGCAUGAAAAGACUGAUUGUGAGAACAUUCCUCCCAGCAAAAAUCAGCAGCAUCACCACCAGCGCAGUAUUCCCACCAGGGAGCUUGCCAAAGCUGAGCUGGAAGCAAAGACCAGAGGAGAAGGUGAUGGACGUGGUUCUGAGAAGAUUGAAAGAAAACCAGAGCGUGUUGCAAACAAGAAGGAGACACUGGUGAAAGCCAAUGGCGUUGCCAGUCAAGAUACACCCUCUGAGCCUGGAAGCCCUUAUCCAGAAGCAGCUCAUGUGCCAGCUGGAGUGGAGAGAACCACACAGCCAAAUGGUUGGCAAUAUUCAUCUCCAACUCGGCCUGGCAGUAUGGCCUUUCCACAGCAUGAUGGGGAGACUGUUAUCUCUCGUCGGAGCUUUGCACCUCGCACGAAUCCUGAAAAGAUUGCUCAGAGAAAAAGUUCCAUGACCCAGUUACAGCAGUGGGUGAAUUUGCGCCGUGGGGCUCCACCACCUGAGGAUCUCCAUAGCCCCAGCAGGUUCUUCCCAAUGUCUCGGAGAGUCCCUGAUUACUACCCGCCCUAUUCAUCCCAAUAUUCUGAGGAUUAUCAGUACUAUCCUCCUGGUGUGCGUCCUGACAGUAUCUGCUCUAUGCCUGCCUAUGAACGUGUGAGCCCUCAGUGGACUGUGGAUGACAAGCGCCACGCCUUCCGCAACAGCAGCACGUUCCAGCUGCGGGAGUGGAAAGAACAGCCUGGCUAUAGCAGACAAGAUGUGCCCAUCUGGAUCCCAGGCCCCACACGGCAGCCAGUGUACUAUGACGAAAUGGACGCUGCCUCAGGUUCCCUGCGCAGGAUGUCCCUUCAGCCUCGUUCGCGAUCAGUCCCCCGCUCACCAAGUCAAGGAUCCUACAAUAGGGCCAGAGUAUACUCUCCAGUAAGGUCACCCAGUGCCCGUUUUGAAAGAAUGCCUUCUCGGAGUGAGGAGAUAUAUGCUGAGCCAACGACUUACAUGAUGAGACGAUCCGUCAGUUCCCCAAAGUAUGAUUACCUUGGUGACAGAAAGCCUGUUCCUGCAGGGAUGUUUCCCUUCAACUAUCCAGCAUCCCCUACAGUCCAUGAUAAAAUGGAUGAACUUUUAGACCUUCAGUUGCAAAGAAACCUAGAGUAUUUGGACCAACAGAUGAGCGAGAGCGAGACUUUGAUCAGUAUGGUGAACAGAAUGGUGGAGAGCUCCUCUCCUAGGGCUCAGCUGUACUUGCAAGUAUCUCAUUUCCCUGAAGCAUAUAGAGAGACGCUGCACACCUACAAGAUAAAUGAGCAACACACAGAUAAGCUUCUAGGAAAACUCUGUGAACAAAACAAGGUGAUAAGAGAACAGGAAAGACUAGUGCAGCAACUUCGAGCAGAAAAGGAGAGUCUAGAGAGUGCACUGAUGGGGACGCACCAGGAACUAGAGAUGUUUGGGAGCCAGCCAGCCUAUCCUGAAAAGCUGCUGCACAAGAAGGAAUCUCUUCAGAAUCAAUUGAUCAAUAUCCGGGUGGAAUUGUCCCAAGCCAGCACGGCACUGGCCAACAGCACUAUAGAAUAUGAAAACCUGGAGGGUGAGGUGUCAGCCUUGCAUGAUGACCUAUGGGAACAACUGAACCUGGACAUCCAGAAUGAAAUGCUCAACAGGCAAAUCCAGAAAGAGAUCUGGCGGAUCCAGGAUGUGAUGGAGGGGCUCAAAAAGAACAACCCCUCUCGGGGCACAGACACUGCAAAACACAGAGUGACCCUUGGCCCAUCAGGAACCUACAGCUCCAACAGCCCAGCCAGCCCUUUGAGCUCAGCUAGCCUCACAAGCCCCCUGAGCCCUUUCUCUCUUGUGUCGGGAUCCCAGAGCUCCCCUACCAAGCAAGGCAGCAAUGAGGAGCCUGGUCCACCUCGACCUCCCCUCCCCAAAUCAUAUGUGCCCUUGGAGUCUCCUCCGACUAUCCCUCCACUUCCUUCUGAAAGCCGUCUCUGGCCAUAUCCUAACUCCCCUUCUUGGCAGGAAAGCAGCGAGGCGAAGAGGGGACAGUCAAAGUCCAGCUUUGAGCAGAGCAAAAAGGACCAUCACCGGGCAUCAGUUUCCCAUUCGACAAUGGAGGCUGGUCUCUUGCAGCCAAGGCAGGACCAAGAUGCUGAUAAGCAGGUGGCACUCAACAAAGUGGGUAUUGUUCCUCCAAGGACUAAGUCACCUAUGGAUGAUGAGAACACACCCACAUCAGGUGUGGUGAGAAGGAGUGCAAGCAACCUAUCUAAUGGGCGGGACUCUCGGGACAGGCCAAAGAGUGCUGUGUUUUCCAAUGAGAUGAAAGCAAAGAUGAGUGUUGAGGAACAGAUUGAUCGUAUGAAGCGCCAUCAAAGCAGUUCUAUGAAGGAGAAGAGACGGAGCUUGCAACUUCCCGCCAAUCAGCAACAGACAGAUAGCCCUCUCUCAAAAGCACCUGCCUCUUAUAAAGUGGUACGCAGGCAUCGCAGUAUCCAUGAAGUGGAUAUAUCUGAUCUGGAGGCCGCAUUACGUUCUGAAGACUCCGGCAAGAUGUAUGAAAGCCCCCGAGAGGAGAUUGCUCGCCUGCGCAAAAUGGAGCUAGAGCCAGAACAUUAUGAUGUGGACAUCAGCAAGGAGAUUUCCACCCCAGAUAAAGUCCUCAUCCCAGAAAGGUAUAUUGAGCUGGAACCUGAUACUCCACUGAGCCCUGAGGAGAUGAAGGAGAAACAGAAGAAAGUGGAAAGGAUAAAGACACUGAUUGCUAAAUCCAGCAUGCAGAAUGUCAUCCCCCUCAAUGAGGGAGAGAUGGAUGUGGCCCAGGACCCAGAGACCCAGUUACAGGAGCAGGAAAAGCGAAUCGAGAUUUCCUGCGCCUUAGCUACAGAAGCCUCCCGACGGGGCCGCAUGCUGUCAGCUCAAUGUGCCACCCCAAGCCCUCCCACUUCCCCAGCUUCCCCGACUCCACCGACCAAGUCCCUCUCGUCUGACUCAUCCCAGGGCACCGAAAGUCAUUUUAUGCGUGUCUGAACCUUAAACACAGGCCCUGGCUGCUGUGAAUGCUGUGAAGUUCCAUGGAGCCACAUUUUAACACAUGAAUCUGCUCCCCCACAACACUACUGCUUAAUAAUGCAUACAACCAUUAUUAUGGGUUGCCCACUAUCUCCUGCUGUUGAGCUGCAGAAACAUUCAGGAACGAAAGCUGCCUCUGAGGGGAAUAAGUGUGCUUCAUCUUUGCUCUGGUUUCUCCUCCCACUGCUGCCAAGGCCUGUACCAUAACGUAUCAGAUGCCUGGCCUAUAAAAACCAUCACAAAGGCAGCACCCAGGAGCAGUUCCAUUCUGCAAGAUGGCCUCUUCCUCACUGCAGGAGGUGUCAGGACAAAGGACCAGUGGCUAAAGAUCAGCAGAUGCCUCAAAUAAUUUGAACUGAAACAUGAAAGUUGGUGAUAGUAGGGGAAUGUAAAAUUUCUUAUCCCUAGGUAGCCAUUUCCUGAGCUUCUAACCUCUUUCAUCAUUUAUUUUUAUUUUUAUUUUUAUUUUACUUUUUACUUUUUUUUUUUUUGAAGGAGGAGAAUUAUAUAAAGAAGAGCUUGUCAUGGCAGCCAGGGACUUUAUAACCAUUUUACUGAAUU